AGUUGCCCCAUAUAACAAUUCUACUCGCUUAAAUCUGGAAUCAAUUCGAUUUGAAAAAUGCAUAAAAGAAGUGCAUCACUAAAGCAACAACUGUCGACAGCAACAAAAAAGACGUUUCUUUCUUAAAUUUGUAAAGAUUCUGCAUAUUACAAGUGUCUUGAUGCUUGCAACAUCUAUAUUGUAUCAUGAAUGCCAGUUCGAUAAAUCAGGACGGAAGGUUUUACAAGGAUGUACUGAAAUAUGUUCUUCGAAAACAAAUACAGACGCUGGUAAAUCAGUUAUUGGAAGAGACUGGCGAUGAAACUUUAGUACUGUCAGCAAGUCUAGGAAGUGGGUUGGUUACCCAGAUAGGUUCAGAGAGGGCCAAGGCAUUCAUGAUCAAAGAUUCUUAUGUGGCUACAAACUUUCUUGAGUUCCUCCAGAAAGAUCCAGGUAAAUACUCAGCAGCCCCAAAAGACUCCUUCAAAAGUAGAAAUGGAAGUAAGAGAACACAAGCAGCAAUAAGUCAGAUUGAGGAGAUACAGUCUCCUGUAAAGCCAGCAAAACUUUUUAAAGUUCAGCCAAAACAACAUGAAAAAGACUGUUCUUCCAACAGUUGUUCUGACAGUAGGUUAAGCAGUCAGUCUGAGAAAAGGGAUGACAGUGGUGGUCUAACACCCCAACAAUCAAUAGAUGAAUUUGAUGGUAUUAGACCCCAACAUGUGGAACUAGAGGGGGUACCAGAAUCUUUGAAAAUGAGUGCAUAUACAGAAGAGGAGCAAACCAGUUUAUUAAACAGGCUAGAAAUAAAGAAUGAAAUGUUAAGUUCUCAGGAACGUAGUGGCACGAGUGUGGAAACUGCUACUGAUAAUCAAGAGUUUGGAUUAAAGAACACUGUUCAGGUGAAUAUAGAAUGUGCAUUAGCAGAGCCUAAUGUAAAUCAGCCAGUAAAUGAGACCAUUCCAGAGGAGGGUAAUGAUUUAGAGGUCAAUUCGGAUUCUGAUGGUAGCAUUCAAGGUGAAGAUAGUUUUGAUAAUGUUAUCAUAAAAACUGAACCUUUUGAUUUUGGUGAUAAUGAUAGCAUGGAAAGUGCUGUACAAAGUGUGGAUAAUUCAGAUAUUAAUGUUUAUGGUGAUCUGCCUACCCCGGACUGUAGUGGAACAACCCAGUCUGGAAGUAAACAUGCUAGCUCUGUUAGUGACAGUUUAGUCAAAUCAGGAGAUCAACCUACAUAUAGCAGUGAAGGUAAAUCUGAUGUCAGAAGCUCUGAAGAUAAAUAUAAUACAGUUAAAGCAUAUUUACAAUUUAACCAUGGACUUGAUAGAAUGCGAGUGCCUAAAGCUGAUGGAAAAGAGCCAGAACAGCCUAUCAAGCGCUUUAAACCAUUUGAAAAUGCAUUUGUGAGCAAACAAAAAGACCAAAAUACAGAGGAAUCAACAAGAAGUCAAACAAAAUGGGCUGUCUCUAUCCUUAAAGAAUGGAUGAAAGAAUCUGAAAUGGAUUGCAAGGGAUUUGAACUGUGGCCUGAGGAGCAACUUGACAACUUGCUAGAAAUGUUUUAUUCCUGUGUCAGAACCAAGAAGGGUACGGAAUAUUCACGAUCAUCCUUGAUUGGGAUACGAUCAGGAAUUAACAGAUACUUGAUAGACCCACCAUUUUCAAGGAACCUUUCCCUUAUGAAAGACAGAGUUUUCAUGGGCUCUAACCAAAUUAUUGAAGGGAAAAUAAAUUAUCUUAAAAGGGAACAGCUUGAUGUCAGUGAACACAGAGAGCCAAUCAGUGAAGAUGACAUGAAGAGACUGUACCAGUCAGGGGUAUUUUCCACAGAAAACCCCAAAACCUUACAACAGAAAGUUCAGUUUGAACUCAUGUUACAGUUUGGCCAAAGGGGCAGAGAAGGAUUGCGUUAUUUGAAGAAAGACUCCUUUAAACUUGAAACAGAUUCAUCUGGUGUCCGCUAUAUUACUAUGUCUGAUGAAGGAAAUAAAAGCCAUCAUGGGGUAGACAAUACGGAGACAGUAAUCAAACCAAAAAUGUAUGAACAGGUUGGGGACAAGCACUGUCCUGUGUCUAGUUUUCUUAAAUAUGUUUCUAAACUGAAUCCAACAUGUGACGCAUUCUUUCAGAGACCAAUGACUUCGAUUGUAAAAGAAAGUGAUAAAGUUUGGUAUGGUAACCAUCCAGUAGGAAUUAAUACACUGAAUACAUUAAUGCCCCGUCUGUCAGCUGAUGCAGAUCUUAGUAGCCGCUACACAAACCAUUGUAUAAAAGCGACUACAAGUACUACCCUACAACGGGCUGGUGUAUCAAAGACCGCUAUAAUGUCUGUGACUGGUCACAAAAAUGUGAGAAGCCUUAUUUCUUACGUAAAGGCAACAGAAAAAGACAUAAGUAAAAUUCUGUCUAAUCCAAAUAACAGUAGGGAGCAGAACUGAUAAUGCUAAAAGCUGGCACUAUGUCAGCUGUAAUAAAUCAGUCAACAUUCAUUCUAAUGCUUAGACAUAGAAACUGUUUGUUAUGUUCGAAUAUAUUAAAACUUGCUUCUGCUGUACAUUAUUUCAAAACUCAAACUGAUACCUGGUUUGAUAGAAAACUGUUAGAAGGA